AUGGAAUCGCUGGUCAAGAGUUCUGGGUCACCUACUACCCUCUCUAAAUUGAGAGAAGUUGGAAGGAGAGGAACGAUCAUUCUGGGCACAAUCUGGAAGGAACUACGGGGCACAAGCAGCCUGAAAAGCCAUCAAUCCACCCUAACCCAGGGCGUUGAAAUCGAGGGGAUCUGCCCAAGAGAGCCCUUCUAUUUUGUGCCUCAAGCAUUUGGAGAAAUCCUACUACCACGUGGUUGGAUUUUUCUCUCAGUAAAUGAUCAUAUUAACAACAGGCUUGUUAUCUUCUAUGGGAUGACAGUGACAAUAAGUCCAUACGAAUUCAUGGCAAUAGGAAUUGAGGGGAGCAACUAUCACUCUCAAUGGCACCAAGGAUGCACAAUGAUCAUUGAGGCUGUCCUUCAGAAACUAGAAAAAGCGAUGGUCCUUGAAUGUCAUCGUCAAAGCUGUUCUGUACCGGUUGACGAGGUCGAGGGCUUUGAUAAGCACCAGUAUAGUAUCAAGUCGAAUUCUUUCUUCGAAGUUGGUCGGUCAAACCAGGACCUAGGACAUAAAACUGGAUGGAAAUUUAACUACACUUCGGUGAGUAGGCAGAGUGUUAUCAUAGGGGCUUACUAUCGUUCUGGAAUUACCAGGGCGGCAGUGGGUUACUGGAGUGGAAAUUACUACGACGAUUGGAAAUUCCUACCAGAUGCGCCCUAUAUCUCUUGA